UAACGACACAAUAUAAACGUGCCAAAACAUGUUCAAGAUCAUUCAAAACUACCCUUUGUUUUGACUGCAGCUGCUCGAACAGUCCUGUCCAUGCGUAGAUUUGACUAGUGUGUCAAACUGAACAGUUCUUUUUAUAACAUAUCACUAUUGAAAAUACAAUGACAGCAGCAACAUCAUAAACUCAGGAAGUUUUAAGAUAGUCUGCGAAAAGCAAAGUUUUGACCAUGGCAUGUAAAUAUCCUCACAUGCCUGAUGAUGAUGAUACUAACGGCAUAUACCCGCAGCUAAGACUCAAGGAUGACAAUGCGCCACCAAUCAUUCCAGACAGUGAGGAGAACGUCGGGCAGGAGACCGAGGGUAUCUUCCGCAGCUACAUGUAUCAGCAAUACCAGCAGGAAAUGAAUCCUGACAACAUUGAGCAGAUUGAGCAGACGCCUUCACUGCCGGAACUCACAUCGUUUGCAUUGAAUCCGAUGAGACGAAUUACGAAGGGGGGCAGAAGGGGCAGCAUUAUCCUCACGCCAGGCCAAGCAUCACAUAUCGGCAGACAGCUUGCCCUGAUUGGAGAUGAUAUCAACGAGCGCCAUAGGCAUGUGUUCGACUCGAUGAUAGCUUCGAUAAAAUUGGAGAAUGCUCCUGACCUGGCAUAUGAGGCUUUUGCAGGAAUUGCUCGAAGGUUGUUCCAUGACGGAAAUAUCAACUGGGGGCGUAUUAUCACGUUGCUGAGUUUUGGAUAUAGAAUGGCAGUAACUGUACUGACAACUGGUGUCCGAGGAUUCUUUUCCAAAAUUGUGAGAUUUGUGGUGGACUUUAUCAUGAAAGAGAAAAUUGCCAAAUGGAUAGCAGAACAAGGUGGCUGGAUUGCUGCCUUUAGCUACAUCCCCAAGACUACAGGAAUGAAUUAUAUAGUUUUCAUUGGUGCUCUUGCCGCGUUUUCGAUAGCGUCUGUUAUCUGGUUCUCCAAGCGAUGAUGGAAUUCGGCCAUUCCCGAGAUGUGACACUAUAAAUGACAAUGAACACAUUUCAUCAAUAAUUUUAGAGAGGAUACAUUGUACAUGUCUUUAGGGAUCAUCUCAAAAUAGGUUGAAGCCAAAAGAUACGCAAUAAUUUCAUAUGGGGGAGGGGUCAUGAGAUUCAAAUUCUCCAUUUCGUUUCUUUGAAAUUUGUUUGGCUUCACUUUAUUUUCCCCAUACAGGCCACCAUACUUUCUGUAAAUUACCUUUUCCUAUACUUUGCAAUGUUCCUUCCAGGCCUUCAUACAUUAGGUCAUCACAAGCUACUAAUUGGGAUGGUUUUCUUCUGUGAGUCUGCCCUGGGUCACCCAAAUUAUAUUACCCAGUGAAUUCCAAGGAGAACUUUAAAAAUUCAGUAUCUUUUGGCUUCAACCUAUUUUGAGAUGUUCCCUUAGCCAUAUUCAUUCAUUGGAUUCAAAUUUUAAAAGCAGAUUUCAAUGAAGUUUUUUUUGUCAUAUUGGCAUAAUCAGGUAAUUUAAAUCUACAUAUGGAUGAAUUCAGAGUUAUUGAUUCAUAGUUUUUUGACGGCCUGGUAUUGAAAAUGCUAGUUUUUUUUCAAUUUCUCACAAGUCAAAGAUUUGCUUAGACUGUUUUUAAGCGACUGAAAUGACAUGUUGAUUUCCUUAAAAACUUUUCUUUGUAAGAUUUGCGGCUGAACAUGCUAAAUUACACGGCGUGUUGUGCCAUGACAUCAUAUCACUUUGGGGAAAGCAGAGGUGGUUAUUUUACCUUGAAUACCAGGGAUGGGAAGAGAAACCGUCACAAGUUUAAAAAUAAGGCAUUUUUUCUACCGACAGGAUAAAAACCAAAUGUGCUGUUUUGCAGUGAUUUUUUACUACUGUAUGUUUUUGAUUUCUUUGUUGAUGUGUACCUCAGUGGUAAAUUCGCACCGUAUAUUUUUUCGUGAUUGUCCACCAUUUUGAUACCUUGAUGAGUUUUUCCAUUAGUUUGUUACACCGGUUGGCAUUGCAAGUGAGUAGGAUUGAGUGUUAGAGAGUGUUGAUUUUAUAGGGGUUUUGUAAAGAAUGUCUUAAACUCUUAUGCUAAUUUUUAAUCAAAUGACAGAUGGAUUUUCUUAUCAACUUUGAGAGAACAAGAGUUUUAUUAACUUAUUCCUGUGCUAGGUUGUCCUCUGUUGUACAUUACUCUGUGUUUCUGAAUAUUUUGACACUUUUCAUCUCUCUAAUUAUGUUUUUAUUGUGCCUGAUUUUAGAUGCGGAAACGCACUGUGAAUCCACGGAACACAAUAAUUACAAUAAAUCACAAUGAAUAAUUCUGAAAUACUCAGCGAAUUACAUUGGUUUGGCUUAAUGAGAAAUUUUACUCUUCAAAAGUGUCACAAUAAUUAUGAAACACAUAGUAGCAGAAGUCAGACAUGGUUUCGUAGUUUAAAACAACAUUUCCUUGGUCCGAUGUCACCAUAAUUAUCAUCUUGUAUAACGGUUUGUUUUCUGUCCUAAUUUGAAAGCAAGUACUUAUUGCUAUUUGUAUCAUGCAUCAUCGUAUCACAUGUACGUGUUUCUUAGAAAAGUGACUUGUUGGAAUUGAGGAGAGGCGUCUGAUCAAUUAGUCAUCAGUGCCUAACUGGCGCUCAGAGUGGAGCUUCCAACCUCCCAGAGAACCUGAGCCUGUGAGGUACCGUCAGUGCACAAAUUCAACCUUAGGCUACAUGUUUUUUAUUUCUUGGUUUACGGGAAGAGCUUUUAAAAAUGUAUGGUCGGGUGGUCGAAAUAAAAUUUUAAAAAAAAUAACCCAAACAGCUAUGUAUGAUCAAUAAAAAAAUCGAUGAUUUUCAGAUUUUAUUUUUUUUCCAAAAUCCCAAAAAAGCAAGUCGGUCGGUCCCGUAAACCAAGAAAUAAAAAACACGUGGCCUUAACACUUGAUGUUCUAUUUGAUACCUUUAUUAAUUUUGUGUUUCAAAAUUACCUGAAAUGGAUGCCCAAUAAUGUUGCCCAAAAGUUGGCAUUUUAGGAGACUCUGUCAUGGAAUCCAACCUAUAUUUGUGACCUGUCACAGCAAAUCCAGGCACAGGUGCUCUGAGUUUGGCAGGUUGAGACGGACUGGUUGUAUUUUAUUUCAGUUCACUGGGAAAUCUUGAGUACAUCGUUAUCUUCCAUUAUGGUGUCAUUUUGGCACACUCCUGGUUUUGCUGUGACAGGUCACACUUGAUAUAACAAAUAUUUUGAAAAUUUAUUUGAUCAAUCCUGGUCACUAUGUCUGGAUGCCUCAUUUCUUGCGAGGUUCAAAGAAUUGUACGACUGCUCAGAUUCUACAGCACUGCCAUCUAUAUGUUAGAGGUGGAACUAUUUGUCAUUACAUGUUCUGGUGCCCAGAUCACUCCAGAAAUAAGUUUAUUCAGCGGUCUAAUUUUGAACAGUGUUCACAGGCUGUUCCAUUUGAACCAUGUUUUGCAGGCUAUUCAAUUUUGAACCAUGUUUGAUUUUGAAGUGUACUUGAACCAAGUGCUCACUUUGAAACCGAACCAACAAGGUAACAGGGUUAAGUAGAGAAUAACUUGACUUUGCUAUGACAAUGUCCUUUGAGGACUUGUUACUUGGCGGAAGUCGAGAAGAUCAAAAAGUUGUUCAUGUUGUUUUUGAGUUACCGUACAUAUCCUUUUCAGAAUGACACAAAGCUUUUCAUUGAAUGAACUUGUAUCAUCAUUAUUAUGCAUUAAACAAUUUCAAACCGUUGUGUUCAUAAUAGUUAGUGACAAGUCUCUGCCAGCCACCGAGUGAAUGGAGGUGGAAGGAGAUUUGCCUUAGCUGGGACUACAGGUUUUGACCACAUCGCAGCACACUAUGUCUGAUUCAGUGCAUUGCCUUUCAAACACUCCAAGAGACAAUGCAUUGCAAGUGCUGCUGUUGGUGAAGCGAUUCAUAUUCCUGCUUGUGUGUAUAAAAUAUUUGUGUGUACAUACAUUUAUAUCUUGAAGAGAAUUGGGUUUCUUCUUGCUAAUUGUAACAAUCCAAAUUAGCAGCAAUGUUUGCAGCAAUUGGAACUAAAGCAAUUCAUAUUCCUGCUCGUGUGUACAUAUUAUGUAUCUUGAAGAGAAGUCAAACGUUUUGAUGUAAGAAAGGCUUCUUCUUGCUUGUUGUAACAUUAUACAAAUUGGGGAGGUUGACAUUUUUAGAGUGACUGGCCUCAUUCAAAAGUGCUGUUUUGUUCCAAAGAGCCGCUGAGGCCUUUCUUGCUGGCUUUCACUUAGUCCUAUGCUUCCAAAAGUAUACUGGAUUUUCGGUACAUGCCUGUCCAGAUGCCUUUGAAAGCAUUAGCUAAAGUCUAGUGCCAGUGGAAAUCUCAUAAAAACUGAAAAUCGCGGAGAAAAUUUAGCUGCAGCCUAAACUUGGCAACAGGGGCAAACUCUUCGAACCUAAUGGUAAUGCAUUGGAAUAUUUUCAUUCUUAAAUGUUGAUUCCAGAGAAUUCAUGACUGUAAAUUUUAUAAAGUUACACGCAACCAUUUUAAUAUAAAAAUUUUACGAAAAAAAAAAAAAUUGGUUUUCUAUUGCAUUUUAUUUAGAAAGAGGGCCAUGUCGGGUGACUGACAUUCAAAAUCAUACUGUACAAAAUAUUUCCAAAUUUUGCUGAUGUCAGCUAUAUUGUGAUUAUGCUGCGCAUGCCAUUUAACAAUUGAACAUUGAAACAAUUGAAAUAUGUGAUGAACUUAAAAACCAGAUUACAUAUUUAGAAGUUUUUAAGAGAUGGAUUUUAUACUUAUUUGUCUGUGUCUAGUAAUGAAGUGUUGUAAACUUUUUUGACGUAGACCCUUGUAAAUAGAUAAACAAAUUUUUCACAAUGUUGUAGGGAACCGGACUAUUUACGAUGAAUUUGAACGAGAUCAUGAAUAAUUAAGUUUCAAACUUGUAGAAAAUAUUUGGCUCCUGAAAGUUUUUUUGGCAGAAAUAUGAUGUUUGAUCAGUUUGAAAAGAUCUGGACCCUUAAUGUGUUGACUAUAGUCGUACUUCCACCUAUCAAAUCCCCGUGUCUUUUGCGCUUACACCUAUGAAUUGCCGUGUCUCAAUAGACCUGUGUGUCGAAUCCCAGUCUCUAUUAGCCCCAUCGAACUCAAUGGGGCUAAUCGGGGGCUAAUUUAGACCCGUGUUCAACACGGGUUUUUUGGUAGGUGGAAUCUGAAUAGACACAGCAAUUGCAAGUUCUAAGAUCCGGCGACAGAUGGCGCAGUGUGGUCGCCUCGGUAUUGCGCAUGCGAAAUUCCCCUCCAACGGGAAAGAAACACAGGAGAGCUCCGUACCUACAGCGCACCUGUCGCCGGGGCUAUUAACCAUUAUCUAACACCACUGAUAGGUGUAAGUGCGCCAUGGGUUUUUUGACACACGGCGAAGACACGGGUCUUGAAAGAACACGGGGUUUUAUGAUAGGUGGAACUUCGACUAUUGCUAAGCUUUACAGACAAUGCGCGUCAAACCCUAUAGGUUCAACGUGCAUUGCAAUCUACAUGUAUUUCAAGGUGGAGUUGAUCGGAUAUUACUCACUCAUUCAUAAACAGCAUUGCUGUACACACAAUGGUCACAAGUCGCUAUUGCUCGAGCAGCGGUCUGAUAUCUUAGCAAGUGUAGGAUUUUUGUGUCUCAUUCAAAAACCGCAAUAUGCUUUGCAUGGAAACUUAUGCAGUGUCUAGAGAAGAUUAAAAGGACAAACCCUGUGAAGUUAUUUUGAAAUCCAGUUCAUAUUGACAGCGCAGUGGUCAUGGAAAGUGAGGUCUGUGUGAUCGAAAAACGGGUACAUCAUAUGCUGCUUUAUUUAUCGCAUAGAGAUAGUUUAUACGGCAGAAUCAGCGGUUGGGUGAGGAGCACCGUUAUUAAGUGAGGUGCGCUUUAUACAAAAAAAAUGACACGUAUUUCUUCAGUAGUAUGGGCGGAGGUAACAGAGGCAAUACCGCUGAAAGGUCGGAAAGAGAAACUGAGAGUAUAGUAUUUGCCAAAUGUGUGUAGAUUGUGUCUUAAUUCAUCUUUUCGAUCUUGAAUGUACAUGUAAAUAUUCAUGUCAAUGUUGUCAAGUGAGUAGGGUUAGCCUUAUACCAUGGAUGUGUUCCUGGUUCAAUAAAAUGCCUAGAGUACGGGUGGUGUCCUGGGGCUGGCCAAAUAUGACCUGGUUCUGAGAAGUUACUUUCAAAAUGAAAUGAUGACAGGUAACAUGCACGAAAUUUGGAUUUAGCUGGCAAGGGUCAUUCGCAUCCUCCUAUGUCACGUGUUAAGAUGGUCUGUGGCUCAGGAAGCUUGUGAGUGAAGUGAGUAAAAGGCAGUGUAUUAUACUCCUUGAUUUUGGAUCUUGUCAAGCGAUCGGCAUAACGCGACGUUUCCUGAAUGACUUUUCCUAGUGAAAAUGGCAAAGGAUGAGUCGAAAGUAUGAUCAAGGCUGUACAUAGAGGUCAUGUUGUGCUAACCCCAGAACACCUCCUGUUCGUCACCAAUGGUGAUCUAAUUCGUCCACAUCUAAAGGCAGCACUUGUUACACCCGGUGAAACAGCUCUACUGAUCUUUCCAGCCUUACACCGACACUGUGUCACGGGUGGUUCCUGCACCUGGCAGCAUUUUGGAGACGCGCAUCUAGAGCUAUGCAAAGCAAAGCCUAUAUCCUUCGGAGGAUAUGGCGCACUUGAAUUGUAUCACUUUCUAACAAAUACGGCAGCAAAAUGUGUCUACCAACUCUAGAUGGCGCUGUCUCUUUGAUAAAUCUGAAAUGGAACCUAUGCACGGAGGAACACCCAUGUCGACGCAGUGACUGAUAUAUCUGGUGUAAACUUCCCCUUUAGUUGUCCAAUUUUGGAAGUUUUAUUCACAAAGUGUUCUACAUGUAUAUUUUGCCGAGGAUGUAUUGUAUGAAUUUUGGCACAUGUUACAAUUAUAGUUGGUUAGACAUGCUUCAAGUUGUAAUUGUUCUCAGUGUUGAUGAAUUGAUUAUGUCAGAGUUCAGAGUGGGGCUCAAUUCAGGUUUUGUACCGAUUGGCCCAACUGGCAGUGCAAUAAUGGACACAGAAACUUUGAUUCGACCAGAGAGUUCAGACAAAAAGUAGCUUGGAUUGAGUCGCCCUUGUAACAUUUCACGAGAAUUUAAAUCCAAUGACCUGAUGAAUACAUAUGUUGUAUCAAUCUUGUUAAUGAAUUUGCAAUACUCUUGGCGUAGGCUUUCUAAUGUAAAAGAAACACUCCAAAGUUUGAAACCGUGUUGGUGAGAUCGUGACACGACUUAAUUUUGUAAUAUACGUUUACUCACACCGUUUAGCAGUUGGGAAUAAGAGUACAAGGACAGUGCAAAGAAAAUCAGUCUCUUAUGCCAAUCCUUGUGUGCAUAAGAUCUGCUUUUGACAAUUGCUUUGUUCUCGUGAAAAUACAGGGGUAUGUCUGUGUCAUUUUCCUCUUCAUUUGAGAAAAUGGUGUGUCAUUCAACAAUAAGAGGUUGAAACAAAAGAACAAAUAAAAGAAUGUAUC